UGCUUUUUUUUCAUGUUUUUCUUUCCUCAUCCAUUACUUUCAGGCAAGAGUACCAAGUGGUGUGUGCGAUGCUGGACAAGGAUUCAGUGAAAUUCGAUAUGGAGGGCAAACACAAAAUGACACCAUUCCUUCGAGCCGUCGAGUCUGGACACCUUGGUAUGAUAAAAAAGUUGUUAGACAAGGGUGCGAAGGUAAAUGCAGUCAACGGUGAAGGCAACAAUUGCCUUCACCUCGCUCUGCAGAAUGAUGCAUUCCAUUCUGAGGAGGAGCACAUUGCUCUUUUAGAUAAGUAUGCCUUUAAGCUCUCUCUGACCCAGGGAAAUAGGACUUGUAGCACUGUAGUUGCUACAUACCUAUUUCAUUUUGGAGCCAACUUUUACCACCCAAAUGGAGAGAAUGUGAUUCCGCUGGACCUUAUUCAGGACAGAAAUUUGAAAGAAAAAUUAAAAACCUUUUUACCACCACCAUGUACAUUUUGUCGAGUUACGUAUGCUUCUUCAGAAUUCAAACCCUGCAGACAUACUGUCCUAUGUCGUGGCUGUUAUAUCAGAAUUAAGGGGGAAUCAUGCCCCACUUGUGAACAGCCAAUAAGUGGUGUGAGAGAAUUUGGUAAGAAAACUAUUUGAUAAUCUGUCUGUCUC